AUGUUCCGGUUGGUGAGGCGGGCGGGGGCGACCCGAGGCGGAGGCUCCGGUUGGGAGUGGGCGGGAGAGCCCGUCGGCUUUGUUUGGCACCGGGGGUUAAAGUCGCCAGCUGCUGGAACACCCAGUGUCUGUCUCAGAGCAUCUCUGUCUGAGGACCGCGGGGUGUGCCGGCGUGUGCACCCUCCUGUGUACCCCGUCGAGCGUGUCUGCGUGUGCCCGGGGUCUGGAUCCCGGGGCCGAGGCUACUGGCAGGAGCAGGAUUUGGAGCUGGGAACUCUGGCUCCACUGGACGAGGCCAUCAGCUCCACAGUCUGGAGCAGCCCUGACCUGCUGGCCAGUCAAGAUAGCCAGCCCUGGACAUCCGACGAGACUGUGGUGGCCGGCGGCACUGUGGUGCUCAAGUGCCAGGUGAAAGAUCAUGAGGAGUCAUCCCUGCAAUGGUCUAACCCUGCCCAGCAGACUCUGUACUUUGGGGAAAAGAGAGCUCUCAGAGACAAUCGGAUCCAGCUGGUCAGAUCCACGCCUCAUGAGCUCAGCAUCAGCAUCAGCAACGUGGCCCUGGCGGAUGAGGGCGAGUACACCUGCUCCAUCUUCACUAUGCCUGUGCGGACCGCCAAGUCACUCGUCACUGUGCUCGGAAUCCCACAGAAGCCUAUCAUCACUGGCUACAAAUCAUCAUUACGGGAAAAGGAUACAGCCACCCUGAACUGCCAGUCUUCUGGGAGUAAACCUGCAGCCCAUCUCACCUGGAGGAAGGGUGACCAGGAACUCCGUGGAGAACAAAAAGUACAGGAAGAUCCCAAUGGGAAAACCUUCACUGUGAGCAGCUCAGUGACAUUCCAGGUGACCCGAGAGGACGAUGGAGCAAACAUUGUGUGCUCUGUGAACCAUGAAUCUCUAAAGGGAGCUGACAGAUCCACUUCUCAACGCAUUGAAGUGCUGUACACACCGACUGCAAUGAUUAGGCCGGACCCGCCACAUCCCCGAGAAGGCCAGAAGCUAUUGCUACACUGUGAGGGCCGCGGCAAUCCAGUGCCCCAGCAGUACCUGUGGGUGAAGGAAGGCAGUGAGCCACCCCUGAAGAUGACCCAGGACAGUGCCCUCAUCUUCCCCUUCCUCAACAAGAGUGACAGCGGCACCUACGGCUGCACAGCUACCAGCAACAUGGGCAGCUACACGGCCUACUUCACUCUCAAUGUGAACGACCCCAGUCCGGUGCCCUCAUCCUCCAGCACCUACCAUGCCAUAAUUGGCGGGAUCGUGGCGUUCAUCGUCUUCCUCCUGCUCAUCCUGCUCAUCUUCCUGGGACACUAUUUGAUCCGGCACAAAGGCACCUACCUGACACACGAGGCGAAAGGCUCCGAUGAUGCCCCGGAUGCUGACACAGCUAUCAUCAACGCAGAAGGCGGGCAGUCAGGCGGGGAUGACAAGAAGGAAUAUUUCAUCUAGGGGCAUCCGUCCACCUUGUGCGCCCCCCCGGGGCCCCGUGGGGACUGCCGGGGCCAUCAUCAACCCGGACUUGUACAGAGCGACCCCAGGGCCGCCCCUCCCG